CUGAGCUCAAAGAAAGAUUUGCUGCUACCUGGAAAUACAACAAGAUAUGAAACGACAGGGAUCCUACUGAGAAACAUUGGCUUUAGAUUUACACAAUAGCCUCCCUCUCUUCGCAACAGCUGGGACUUUCUGUACCACUCUAAGACACUUGGAUAUAUAAAGUCAGCUGUGUAAGAUGUCCCUGAUGGCCAUGUCUGCUCCCCGGUCGUCUGUGUUUACAUUUGAGUCGUCAGUGCAUUCCUCCCAUGUGCUGUGCUGCCUGGACGACCAGCGUCGCCGGGACAUGUUGUGUGAUGUUACAGUGGUGGUGGAGGGGCAGAGUUUCAGAGCCCACCGCUCCGUACUCGCUUCCUGUAGUGAGUACUUCACGCACAGGAUCUCCCCCCUCACGCAGCACGGAGCGGUCAUCACUCUGCCACAAGAGGUGACUGUUGCUGGCUUUGAACCCUUGCUAAAGUUUGCCUACACAUCCAAACUCCUCUUUGGGAAAGACGAUGUCUUAGAAAUACGUAACUCAGCUUCCUUUCUUGGUUUCAGAGACCUAGACGAGGCAUGCUUUGAUUUUCUCCUCCCUAAGUUCUUCUCCAGCAGCAAGGGCGCUGUCCCUUUUCCUAGAAACACCUGUUGUAAGAAGAAAUGCAAGAGGCAGUUAUCGAAGGAGGACUGUGGCAUAGACUCUGACGAUAUGCCGUUGGAUGAAAAAGAAGUAAAACCAGUUGCUGACUCACCAUCUCGGCAGGAAGUGGCUUCACUCUGCAAGAAAUCAGUGAACAGCAAAAUGGGAAGUCAGAAUAGUACAGGCACGUUAACACCUGCAGCUGAAGGGGCAAAUGAUAAUUUUAUGCAGUGUCCAAAGUACCGCAAGUUUCAGCUGGCUUGUGGGAAGGAGACUUGUGCCACAGAGAAAAGUCAGAACAAUGUAGUAACAGUUAUCAGGGAUGACUGCCACCUACCCAGCUCACCCUGCUCCAGCAGUGCGAACAGUAAGAAUGAAACUGGACAAACACAUCCCACCAGACAGAGCAGAGGCGGAGCUGAUGAGCUGUGGAAAACUGAUAUACAGGACAAGAAGACAGAAGAUGGCGUAAGCAGGGGGGAGGAUCAUAUGAUUAAGAAAGACACAAAUGAAAGAGAGGGAAAAUGGGAUGAGAAGGAAAGAAAGAGUGAUGUUAUGAAGAUGGAGGAGGAGAUGGAGCACACCGAUGGAGUCAGCUCUUCCUGUGUCAAAGCAAUCUCCAUAGGGCAAAGCGCAGUGCUGGGUGAGAGGUCACCAAGGUUAAUAUUGCACCAUUGCCCUCUGAGGGCCCUAGCUGAGGGCCCUGCAAUCACUAGGUCACUGGGGCAGGAGAGGUUUGUCAUGGACAUUAAAGAGGACAAGAAACCACGGGACUCUUGUGUAAUAGAGCCAGUGUCUGUUCAUCACAAGGCAGACGAACAGGUAGAAGCUGAGGGGAGAAGGGCAGAUAAUGCCUGGGAAGAAAGAGGAGGCAGCAUGGAAAGAGCGAAACUGCCGGUGAAUAAUGCUAGAGAGGGGGGCACCAUGGAAAGGGAGGUGGCUGAAUACAUGGCCAAACCGCUGGGGUCUGACAUGGCUUCGUCUCAGCUGAACUUCCAGGACCCUGAUGCAGGAAGUUCCUCCGAUACAGGGAGUGGACUGAUGCAGACCGCGUCUUUAGAGUGGCUGAAGCUUCAAGUCAACCUCAGCUCCAGCAGCGCUGCCGGCUGCCCUUUUUUCCAGGAUUUGGACCAAAGCAAAUGUUUAUGGAAGGGAGCGGGGCUGUCUGAGUGCGAGGGGGCGUCUCACUCAGGCGUGUCAUCCCUAAACUCGGGGGAGGAUGGAGACUCAGAGACAGAAACAGAAGGAGACAGCGAGUCCUCCACAAGAGAGAGGGCCAGACAGGUGCAGUUGCCUUUCUCUGUAGACUGGAUUGUGGAUCUGAGCAGGAACGACUUCCAGCAGCUGCUGAAGCAACAGGAGUUCACACGUGAACAGCUGGAGUUUGUUCACGACAUGAGGCGGCGCAGCAAAAACCGCCUCGCCGCGCAGCGCUGCCGCAAGAGGAAGCUAGACUGCAUAUACAACCUGCAGUGUGAAAUCAAUAAACUGAAGACAGAGAGGGAGAAACUAAUCGUGGAGAAGAGCCAGCUGAGCCAGCUGAAGCUGAAAACGUGUCACAGUGUCACUGCCUUAUGCCAAAGGGUCUGCAACGAAGCCAACCUGCAGCCAGAGCAGCUCCAGGUGUUAGCCAAGUACACCUCCCCUGACUGCCCCCUGGCCUCAUUCUUUCCCCACAUAGACGCUGUCCUCUCAGAGCGAGGGUUGCCAGUCCGGCCCCCGACCUCACUCUCAGCCUGUUCUGAUAAGUACACGACGUCACAGGAGGUGUCAUCCAGCUCCAGCAGGAACACAGUCACAGGAGAUGGUCAGCCUUCGCUUUAGAUACACAUCCAGCUCACACACUCAAAGUUUUUGACUCAUAGGAUGGUGGAGCCUGAGGUCGUCCAGGGUUCCCACCGUGCAUGUCCAUACAUGGACUGUGGAGUAAAGAAAGCAAUCACAUCUUUGUAAGCUUAUCAUAAUAUGACAGUUCCUUUAUAAUGACAAGGCCACACAAGUUUUAAUAAACUCAUAGGCUACUACCUUAUUGAUUUAAACUCUUAGACUUAUACUGAGAGGUCAGAAAUGCAUUCCAGGUGUCUAAAACCAAUCAACCAAUCACAAGUCUUUGAUGACCUUCUGUAAGCGAAUGUUUCCAGCAUUGCAAAUUGCUUAUUACAGUGUGUUUUCUGGUUAAAGGUACCUGCUUACAAAUCAACACAACCAAGGCGCACAUUGAGAAUGUGAAGAUUUUAGCACUGAAACAAUCACAGCUUUAAGCAUAAAUCAGUAGGAACAAUAGUCUGUGUAUUUCAAAUAUGCUUCAAUGCUUGAUUACCUCAGGAUGACUAUGAAUUCAUCCUUAAAUACAUAUAUAUUGUAUAUAUAUGUACUUUCAUUGUUUUGAAACAAAUUUUGAUACAGUUUGAUACAAUAUCUCAGGUGUUAAGAGGAAAAUUCAGCACACAUUGCACGCAGUGUUGGUUCUGCCCUUGCUAUGCAGAGUGCAACACACCACAGCAUUUUGCACCAAAACCAGGCAACUCGGCAAAGAGACUUGACGCAAUGUGUGCAAUGUUUACCUUCUGGUCACAUGUCUGGCGCUCAUAUUUCAGGCCCAGUCAUUGUGGUCGCUUCUCCUCAGCUGACCACAGUGACACAGCUUCUUCUGGGCUGCACAACAACUCUCACGCUUCGCUUUGACUUUUGACAAAAACAGACCUCACAAAUUUCAUUAGUUUCUAAAGAAACUGCUUCUCAUCAGUUUUUUUUAUUACUUUUAGGCGGAAGGCAGCCUCACACUGUCUAAUCAUUAUCUAAAUGACUGGCAAGGAUCAAGUUGACAAUGUAGCAGCAAACCAUUGGUGAAUGCAGCAGAUUUAUGUUUAUAUUUUGUGUCUCCUAUCAACAGCCCAAUUAUAAAGUAUAUAUUCUA